AUGAAGCUUUGUGCAGCUAUCGUUAUUGUCAUCCGGAUAUUAUUGGGAAUGGCCAUCGCUUUACCCACUCUUCAGAUCGAACCUAGACACAUACCAUAUGGCUUGGAUGAAUUUCGGCCAUUCCUUGUUAGAAAUUCCACCGAUGUGCUGCCUUUGUCAAAAAAUUUGACCCAAAUACAACGACUUCGAUGGGCCGAUAAAUGUGUGCAGUUUAGGAAUAAAUGCACAAUGGCAGAGCAUUGUUGCAGUCUAAAAUGCUUGAAACGUAUUUAUCGCUGCAUUACCUAGAUAAGGUUCAAAUGAU